AUGAAGAUAAGGUUAUGUGAUGUAUGUGAAUCUGUUGAUGGAGGUCACGGACCAUUACAGUCUGUUCAUGAAAAGUAUUGGUCUUCGACUUCAAGAAAGUAAGAAAAAAAAACACAACAUGCAGAGAACAUGUCUCAUUUUCAUAUCGUGCUCUAAAACUGCAUUUUCUUUAUUUGCCAUUGUUUUCCUUCCCUGCUUGUAGAGGUCAUGACAUGCGUAAAACAAAAGGCAUUGUUUACAUUCGGCAAUCAGCAAACAACUCAGGGGUAUGUUUCCUAUCUACAUCUACUUAAUUACUCUUCAACGUUUUACACAGCAAGAAGAGUUAUUUUCAGCCUUGGGAGUAAAGGGAGUGUCGAUCCAGGAUAUUGAUACGGCCCACCGAGUGCCAUCUAUGAAGCCGUCAAAUCGACCCAAUGCAAUCGUUUGUAAGUUUGUACGAAGACUAGCUAAAGACCAAGUAAUGGCGGCCAGGAAGAAAGUUGGUGGCCUCAAGGCCGAAGAACUUGGAUUUGCAGCUGAUAUCAAUGUCAAGUACCUUAAUAUCUAUGAUUACUUAACACCACGGUUACAAGCCUUAUAUCAUGAAGCAAAGAAAGUCAGAGGCUAA